GGAUAACAACCAAUAAGAAAGCAACACGAAUAUUUCUAUAUGCUAUAUUUCUGUCAUGCUCAGAAUUUUAUUCAGUUUGUCAAAGAAGUCGAUAAAGGAAACACAUGAGAAUUGGAAUUAGGAGUGAAAAGUGAUAUUUAUUGUGGUUUAGGCUGAAUUAAAUUAAAUAUAAGUGUGUCAGACUAACGCCCAAAAUGAGGUUAUAUUUGGGAUUUGGAGUGCUGCUUCUUUUAGCUGCCGUUUUGGGAGCUAAAGAAGAGAAAAAGGAUAAAGAAGAUGUUGGAACAGUCAUCGGAAUUGAUUUGGGAACAACGUAUUCAUGUGUGGGUGUAUAUAAAAAUGGUAGAGUAGAAAUCAUCGCCAAUGACCAAGGUAACCGUAUCACCCCCUCGUAUGUUGCCUUCACUGCCGAUGGUGAGCGUCUCAUCGGAGAUGCUGCCAAGAAUCAACUUACAACAAACCCUGAAAACACUGUUUUUGAUGCCAAGCGUCUCAUUGGUCGUGACUUCACAGACCAUACAGUUCAACAUGACUUGAAGCUCUUCCCCUUCAAAGUCAUUGAAAAGAACCAGAAGCCACAUAUUCAAGUAGAAACCAGCCAGGGAACUAAGGUCUUUGCCCCUGAAGAAAUUUCUGCUAUGGUUUUGGGAAAGAUGAAGGAAACAGCAGAAGCUUAUUUAGGCAAGAAGGUUACCCAUGCUGUUGUAACAGUACCUGCUUAUUUCAAUGAUGCCCAACGUCAAGCCACCAAAGAUGCUGGUACCAUUGCUGGUCUUAAUGUCAUGAGAAUCAUCAAUGAACCUACUGCCGCAGCUAUUGCCUAUGGUCUUGAUAAGAAGGAAGGAGAAAAGAAUGUAUUAGUAUUUGAUUUGGGUGGUGGUACUUUUGAUGUGUCCCUUUUGACUAUUGACAAUGGAGUAUUUGAAGUAGUUGCUACCAAUGGAGACACUCACUUGGGUGGUGAAGAUUUCGAUCAAAGAGUUAUGGAUCAUUUCAUCAAGUUGUACAAGAAGAAGAAGGGCAAGGAUAUCAGAAAAGACAACAGAGCCGUCCAGAAAUUGAGAAGAGAAGUUGAAAAGGCCAAGAGAGCUUUGUCUUCCAGUCACCAAAACAGGAUUGAAAUUGAAUCCUUCUUUGAAGGUGAUGAUUUCUCUGAAACUCUCACCAGAGCCAAAUUUGAAGAAUUAAACAUGGAUCUUUUCCGUUCUACCAUGAAACCAGUACAGAAAGUAUUAGAAGAUGCUGACAUGAACAAGAAAGAUGUAGAUGAAAUUGUACUUGUAGGUGGUUCAACUCGUAUUCCCAAAGUACAACAAUUGGUCAAAGAAUUCUUUGGAGGCAAAGAACCUUCAAGAGGUAUCAACCCUGAUGAAGCUGUUGCUUAUGGUGCUGCCGUUCAAGCUGGUGUCCUCUCUGGAGAACAAGAUACUGAUGCCAUUGUACUAUUGGAUGUCAAUCCUUUGACCAUGGGUAUUGAAACUGUAGGAGGUGUCAUGACCAAGUUGAUCCCAAGAAACACUGUCAUACCCACAAAGAAAUCUCAGAUCUUCUCUACUGCAUCUGAUAACCAACACACUGUCACCAUCCAAGUAUACGAAGGAGAACGUCCUAUGACCAAGGACAAUCACUUGUUGGGUAAAUUUGACUUGACCGGUAUCCCACCAGCACCUAGAGGAGUACCACAGAUUGAAGUUACUUUCGAAAUUGAUGCCAACGGUAUCUUGCAAGUUUCUGCUGAAGACAAAGGAACUGGAAACAGGGAGAAGAUUGUUAUCACCAACGAUCAGAACAGAUUGACACCUGAAGACAUUGACCGUAUGAUCAACGAUGCCGAGAAAUUCGCUGAUGAAGACAAGAAACUUAAAGAAAGAGUAGAAGCCAGAAACGAAUUGGAAAGCUACGCAUACUCGCUCAAGAACCAAAUUAACGACAAAGACAAGUUGGGAGCUAAGUUGUCAGAUGACGAAAAGACCAAAAUGGAAGAAGCAAUCGAUGAGAAGAUCAAAUGGUUGGAAGACAAUCAAGAUACUGAUUCAGAAGACUACAAGAAACAGAAGAAGGAAUUGGAAGAUGUCGUGCAGCCCAUCAUCGCUAAAUUGUACCAGAGCACAGGUGGCGCCCCACCUCCACCCUCAAGUGAGGAUGAUGAUGAACUUAAAGAUGAAUUGUGAGGUGAAUUGUAGGCCAAAAAGACUGAAAAAACUUGUGUGGAUGCGUGAGAAUGCGGACGAUCGUGUGUUAUUUAAUUUCCGUGACUGUUAUCCCUUUUUUUGUAAUAGACUUUUUUGUAAAUUUUCCGGUUUGCUCAUUGAAUGGGUGAACUUAUUUAUUUAUUAUUUUGCGUGUUAGGUACAGGCGUAUGAUUGUGAUAUAUAUUUUUUGUAUUAAGUAGUAAAUGCAUUGUUUUUGUAUAUUGUACACCUGUAUUUGACUAUUCUCAAUUUUCCUGUAAUUUUUCAAUAAAAUUACUUGAAAAAAUAAA